AACAGAAUUAAAUUUAAAACCCUCUUCAAUCAACAAUUUUACAAUUUAAAUAGAACUUCUUUUAAUCGCAUUUCAAAUUUCCAGAUACGAUAUCAUUUCACACAAAGCAGCAAUGUAUCCCAAAGACAAAUGGACCGCGAGAGGAGACGAAUCUAUGAAAGAUCACUUCCGACAAAUUACCAGGAAACAAGGUUAUGUUUGGGAAUCACCAGCUAUGAUUCAUUCGUGUUUCCAGGAAGCGAAACAGAGCACGGACCGUGCCGUUUGCGUGUGCGCGGGAACGGGAUUGUGAUCUUUAUCCUCUGGCCACAAAGAGUGAGAGGAUUCAGGGGAAGAACGCGCAGGUCCUUCGCGGUCACUGCUGGUCACUUCGAGUUGAACGUAGGCGCGAGCGGGCGCGGACGGCGGACAGCGUCGUGACAGAUCCGUUCGUUCGGAGCAACGUUCGUCACGAAGAGUUGACGACGAGAAACGACGGAGUCGUGAGGCAAAAGGACAGGUGUUACAGACAACAAAGUCUCGCGCCGCGUGCAAGAGACUUCGGAUAAUCGAUCGCAAGCGUCGGGGAAGUCGGGCAACCGAGUCAACCGAGUGGCGUCGCGACGCACGGCGUGCACGCUCGGCGCUCGCCGCUUCCGUGGAACGUGUAUCCGUAUCGUCGGAGCCAGAGCCAGUAUGGCCGUAGAACCUCAGCUGUUUUCACGUCACUGCCUACGUAUCUGAGAGACGAGUGAGAGAGGAAGUUAUCACCAGCACCGCCGCCGACUUGAUCCGACGUUAAAUUAAAAAGAGAAGAAAAAAACAGGAAAAAUGUCGUCGGUUAAGGUGGCGGUGAGGGUACGGCCCUUCAACUAUCGCGAAGUCAGUCGUCAGGCACAAUGUAUCAUAGAAAUGACGGGGAGUACUACUUCCAUAGUGAAUCCGAAAGCUACACCAGGAAGCAAAGAAGCGAUCAAGAGCUUCAAUUAUGACUAUUCCUACUUUUCUAUGGACCCAAAUGAUGAGAAUUACUCGUCUCAGCUCAUGGUUUAUAAGGAUAUCGGUGAAGAAAUGUUGGAACAUGCUUUUGAAGGCUAUAACGUUUGCAUUUUUGCAUACGGUCAAACUGGCGCCGGUAAAUCUUACACCAUGAUGGGUAAGCAAGAAGAAGGGCAGGAAGGAAUAAUACCACAGAUUUGCAAGGAUCUGUUUAGGAAAAUCAGUUACACAUCUAAUGAGCGAUUGAAGUACUCAGUAGAAGUGAGUUAUAUGGAAAUCUAUUGCGAAAGGGUGCGCGAUUUGUUAAAUCCGAAAAAUAGGGGAAAUCUUCGAGUAAGGGAACACCCUCUUUACGGACCUUAUGUUGAAGAUCUUUCCAAGUUAGCAGUAUUAUCAUAUGAAGACAUUCACGAUCUCAUAGACGAAGGUAACAAGGCCAGGACUGUCGCAGCAACCAAUAUGAAUGAAACAUCUAGUAGAUCACACGCAGUUUUCACGAUAUUCUUUACACAACAACAACAGGAUAGUACCACUGGUUUGAUGACGGAAAAAGUUAGCAAAAUAUCAUUGGUCGAUUUAGCCGGAUCUGAGAGAGCUGAUUCAACGGGUGCGAAAGGGACACGAUUAAAAGAAGGAGCUAACAUUAAUAAGAGUUUGACGACUCUCGGGAAGGUUAUCAGUGCCCUGGCUGAAAUUGCGGCAACGAAAAAGAAGAAGAAAGCCGAUUUUAUACCAUAUAGAGAUUCCGUUUUAACAUGGUUGUUGCGGGAGAAUUUGGGCGGAAAUUCAAAAACUGCUAUGAUUGCAGCAGUUAGUCCUGCCGACAUCAAUUACGAUGAGACACUUUCAACCUUACGAUACGCAGACAGAGCGAAACAAAUUGUCUGCAAAGCCGUGGUCAACGAAGACGCGAAUGCCAGACUUAUCAGAGAACUCAAAGAAGAGAUACAGAAAUUACGCGAACUUCUAAAGCAGGAGGGCAUCGAUGUACAAGAAGGGCCAGAUGGCAAAGUUACAUACGAAAAGAAAGAACCUAGGGAUGAAAUUAUUAGAACGAACAAGCGAAAUGAAGAAGACACCAAGGAAACUCGACCAAGAAUUUCUUCUCAUACUACAUCCACCAUUGCCGAAGAGGCGGUUGAACAAUUGCAAGCGUCUGAAAAAUUAAUCGCAGAAUUGAACGAAACAUGGGAAGAGAAGUUAAAGCGAACCGAAUCAAUUCGCUUGCAACGCGAGGCAGUUUUCGCCGAAAUGGGAGUCGCUGUGAAAGAGGACGGAGUCACAGUGGGCGUCUUUUCCCCUAAGAAAACACCGCACUUGGUAAAUCUGAACGAGGACCCUCUCAUGUCAGAAUGUCUGAUCUAUUACAUCAAGGAUGGAUUCACACGUAUUGGUAGUGCCGAGGCACACGUACCUCAGGAUAUCCAGCUGUGUGGCCCACAUAUACUUAGGGAGCACUGCGUUUUUGAGAACCAUGAAGGAAUUAUAACUCUUAUACCGAAGAACGGAGCCUUGAUUUAUGUCAACGGUCGCGAAGUAACCGAGCCACUUAUCCUAACGACUGGCUCACGUGUCAUCUUGGGAAAAAGCCAUGUUUUCCGAUUUAAUCAUCCAGACCAAGUACGUGAACGGAUAGCGAAUGGCUCCCCGACGGAAACUCCUGGCAAUAACGAACCAUUAGCAGACUGGAAUUUCGCACAGGUCGAGCUAUUAGAAAAACAGGGAAUCGAUUUAAAGGCUGAAAUGGAAAAGAGAUUACUUGUACUGGAGGAACAGUUCCGUAAAGAGAAGGAGGAAGCUGAUCAAUUGUUUGAAGAGCAGCGAAAGAGCUACGAAGCACGGAUAGAUGCGCUACAAAGGCAGGUGGAAGAACAAAGUAUGACUAUGUCUAUGUACAGCAGUUAUACGCCAGAAGACUUCAACAACAUCGAGGAAGAUAUUUUCGUCAACCCAUUGUUUGACGCAGAGAGCAACUGGACCGAGAGAGAGUUUCAACUGGCCGCUUGGGCCUUCCGCAAGUGGAAAUAUCAUCAAUUCACGAGUUUACGGGACGAUCUUUGGGGCAACGCGAUAUUCCUCAAAGAGGCUAAUGCUAUAUCCGUUGAACUAAAAAAGAAGGUUCAAUUCCAAUUUACCUUACUCACGGACACCCUUUAUUCGCCCUUACCUCCGGAUCUCUUACCCAUUAUGGACGAAGACGAGGAGGAUGAAAGACCCUUCCCACGCACGAUCGUCGCCGUUGAAGUUCAAGAUAUGAAAAAUGGUGCUACGCAUUACUGGACCUUGGACAAGCUAAGACAGCGCUUGGAGCUGAUGCGACAUGUGUACAACGAGGACUCGAGCCCCAGCACUCCGGAGGCCAAAGAGGAUAUUUUCCAAUGUCUUACGGUCUACUCUAAUCCGAAGUUCUCGCUCGCAAAUCUUUUGCCUUCGAGACAAAGGUUGGAGCUGAUGCGCGAGAUGUAUCACAAUGAGGCGGAGCUCUCACCGACGUCUCCGGACUUCAAUAUCGAAUCUAUUACGGGAGGCGAUCCAUUUUACGAUCGAUUUCCGUGGUUCCGUAUGGUCGGCAGAGCUUUCGUAUAUUUGAGCAACCUCAUGUACCCAGUGCCACUGAUUCACAAAGUGGCUAUCGUAAAUGAAAAAGGCGACGUUAAGGGUUACUUACGAGUCGCUGUACAAGCCGUAGUUGAAGAGGAAAACAGUGAAUAUUCAAGUGGCGUCAGACAAUCAGCUCGAAUCUCCUUCGAGGAUGACUUGUUUGGUGGGCAUAAGCAUAAUAAACGCAACUCGCUCCUGGCUCAGACUCUAGAGAAAAAUCGACAGAUUAUGCUGCACGAGGAACGCGUGGUUGAAGGGCAUAACGAAAUUAAUCAGAAGGACAUGAAAGACGAGGACGAUAUAGGAGAUGCCGACAGCGGCAGAGGUGAUAGCUCAGUCUCGAGCGAUAUGAAAGAGGAAGAGUUGCCGGAUCACUUGCAACCCGGUGCAGAAUUCACUUUCAGGGUAACGGUCCUACAAGCUAUGGGUAUUUCCACGGAGUACGCUGACAUUUUCUGUCAGUUCAACUUCUUACAUCGACACGAUGAAGCUUUCUCGACAGAGCCGGUAAAGAACACAGGCAAGGGUAAUCCACCUGGAUUUUAUCACGUACAGAAUAUUACAGUUACGGUUACCAAAUCCUUCUUGGAAUAUCUGAAGACUCAACCUAUUGUCUUCGAAGUGUUUGGUCAUUAUCAGCAACAUCCGUUGCACAAAGAUGCGAAACUGGAAUACAGCGUACGACAGCCACCGAAGAGAAUGCUACCGCCAUCCAUACCGAUCAGUCAGCCAGUUCGUUCGCCGAAAUUCGGGAGUGUUCUGCCGUCUCCCAGCACAUCGCAUGUGCAUGCUAAAUACGAUGUAUUAGUGUGGUUCGAGAUCUGCGAAUUGGCACCGAAUGGCGAGUACGUGCCGUCAGUGGUGGACCAUAGCGAUGAUCUACCAUGUCGUGGACUGUUCCUGCUCCAUCAGGGCAUUCAGCGACGUAUACGAAUCACUAUUGUGCACGAGCCGGCUUCUGAAUUGAGGUGGAAAGACGUACGCGAACUUGUGGUUGGCCGCAUACGAAACACCCCGGAACCGGAGGAAGAAGAUAAUGACUCGUCUGUGCUUUCACUGGGUCUGUUCCCGGGCGAGUAUCUCGAAAUUCCUGGUGAUGAUCGAACCAUGUUCAGAUUCGAAGCAGCCUGGGACAGCUCUCUGCACAACUCGGCUCUGCUCAAUCGAGUCACGUCUUAUGGAGAACAAAUCUUCAUGACUAUCUCCGCGUAUCUCGAGCUGGAGAAUUGUGGAAGACCUGCAAUUAUCACGAAAGAUUUGAGCAUGAUCAUCUAUGGGAGGGACGCAAGAGUAGGGCCACGUUCACUCAAGCAUCUAUUUAGUGGCAGCUAUCGCAAUCAGGAAGCGAAUCGACUCAGCGGCGUCUACGAAUUGGUGUUACGUCGUUCUUCGGAAGCAGGUAGCCCAGGAGUUCAAAGACGUCAACGUCGCGUCUUGGACACGAGCUCCACAUACGUCCGGGGUGAAGAGAAUCUUCACGGAUGGAGACCACGCGGAGACAGUCUCAUAUUCGAUCAUCAGUGGGAGCUCGAAAAGUUGACGAGGCUGGAAGAAGUGGAGAGAGUACGACAUACAUUGUUGUUGCGGGAGAAGCUCGGUAUUGACAAAAUACCAUUCUGCAAUAAGCCUCUGCACGAUUUUACGAAGAGCGAAAAGGACGUAUGUAAUAUGGUGGCAAAGGCCACAAACGAGCCACAUGCUAGCCCAGUAAAACUGAAACGUUCGACGAGUAAAGACGUUUACGAACCCUGGGAAAUGACCGAAAGAGAUCGUGAAUUAACAACUAAGUACAUUAAACUUAUCCAAGGAAGAAUCCCGAGCAAGGAACCGAUAUUACUGUCCGAUGUUUCGCCCGGGGAAGACACCAUAACCGAUUUAUCCGCGUCUAUGAUGUCUUCAGUCAUAUCGUCUUCAUCUCAAGAGUCAGUAUAUGCGAAAGCUAGCGAUUUUUUAAAGCAGGCUGCUGAUAUAAUAGUAUGGAGCAAGUCUAAGUCGUGCCUCCUUAGGUUGAGUUCACCAGAAAGGGCUAGACUGCAAGAACUUCAGGAGAGCAUAUUGGCGAGCGAGUCGGCUAAUCAGACUUGUACUGUCGCACCGCCGCCACUUGGAUCAUCCUCGCCAUCGAAGGAGAACCUGGUAUUGUAUGUGCCAGAGGUGGAGGAAAUACGCAUAAGUCCGGUCAUCGCGCGGAAAGGCUACCUGAACGUUCUCGAGCACAAAACCAAUGGUUGGAAAAAACGCUGGGUGGCUGUUCGCCGACCGUACGUUCUCAUUUUCCGAGAGGAGAAAGAUCCCGUCGAAAGGGCAUUAAUUAAUUUGGCUACGGCUCAAGUCGAAUACUCCGAGGAUCAGCUGGCCAUGGUGAAAGUACCGAAUACUUUCAGUGUCGUCACCAAACACAGAGGAUAUUUGCUACAGACUUUAGGUGAUAAGGAGGUUUACGACUGGCUGUAUGCGAUUAAUCCUCUUCUAGCUGGUCAAAUUAGGUCGAAACUUGCCCGCAAAAGUCCGGCUGCCCCGAAUUUAAGCAAUGGCGCGCCGAUAGGCAUGACACCACAACUGGAGCAGCAGAACAAUCAGACCAAGUGAGUGGUCGACACUAUGGCCGGGGUAACGAGUGCAAUAGCAAACAUGUCGGAGAAAAUGCUGUGUUGGUCACACUCGGCCUUAGAGUCCCAAGACUUCUGCAACUUUCGAUUUCCGCUAGUCUUUGAUUGACCGAGCGGAGGCGAAGCUGUCCCUUGAGACUAUCCACGAUUGGCAGCAUAUUAAUAUCGACGUUUUACUUUACACAGCGUCCCUUUAGCACGUUAUAGAGCAGUCAGAAUGAGGAAGAAAGGAGAAAAGAAAAGGAAGAUGGUGCUCGUCUUUCGAAGAAGUUACAAAUGCGCGUACAAAUGCAUUCGAUUACACUGUGUUGGAAAAAAAAAUGUUCGUUUUUAAGUCUCUCCGUACAUUUCGAAUUCGCAUUCGAAGUGCUCUCCACGUCGACGAGACGAGAUCGCGCGCGAAUAUUUUCGUUGAAUUUUUAUUUCUAUAACACGUAUAUCAACGUGUAACUAUGCGAUACCUCUUACGUACGCGAUGUGUGAGGAAGAUAGAAAAUGCAUUUAUGCCUAAUAAACAUAUUCCUAAGACGAUCACUGAAAAUCGGGAUAAGGAAUAGAUACAUGUAAAAGAGAAAGUAUGCGAGAGAAAGUGAGAAAGAGGGAGAGAAAGAAAGAGAGAAAACGAAAUAAACGAGAGAUAAAAAAAUAUUAAUAAUUUCAUACGCAAGCUUAACGAUCCCUUAGUGCGAAAAAUUAUGAAGGAGAAAAAAAAAGACAACAUUUUGUAAACUAAUUCAGGCAAAUUGAUAAGAUUCAUUUAAGAUAAUUCUCUACCUAUUUUAACAUUUUAUCAUUCUAUCUGUUUUAGCAUUUUAACAUUUUAGCGUCGUAACGAUCGUUAAGAGUAAAGACAAUUUUCUAUAAAGAUUACAUUUCCAUUUUAUUCAAUAAUCGUUUUCUUUUACUCGAGCAAAUUAGAUAUAUACAUCGAUACUGGCUAUCCGAUUUACGUAUAAAAAAUCGGAUGUAUUGCUGUACACGCAAUCGAUCGGCCGUCGCUCGAUGAAGAUUUUAUCUUCUUAAUUAAAGAUUCAAAUAAUUUUAUUUGCAACGCGCACGUAUUGUAAAAUAAGAGCAUUGCUCCAAAGCAACGACGCUAACUUUGUAUUAGAAUGAAAAAAGAUUCGAAUAUUAUUUAAGAUGUAAAAACUAAGAAGUGAGAGGAAAGAAUCGUUACUUCUUGAAGCAUAAAACUCGUAGAAUACUUCCUUUUAACGUAAUUCUAAACAUUUAUUCGCACUAAAUCAUUUAUCCUCGAUAUAAAAUAAUUUUUAUAUCCUCUCCUAUCUUAAGAUAUUUGCAAAUUUUCUGUACAUAUUUUAGUACUUGCCAACUACUUUUGAUUAUACAAAUGGGUUCAAGAGUUUAAAAGCGAAGAGCAAAAGUUGUUAAGAACAGAGAGUUACAAGUAUUUGUAACUCUUUGUUUCUAAAAAUCUUUGUCUAAAAAUAAUGUAGAAAUUUUGCAACGAUAAUUUAUGAAACUCUCUUGCAAUUUUAAUGUGGAAUUAUGAGAAUGUAAUUUUUUUUUCUUUAAUCAUUAUACAUACAUUGCAUACAUUUAAAAAUAUUUUUCCUACUUUUAUUUUGAGAUGAGAAUUUUGAGGCGAGAAUCAUACGAAAUCUUAAAUUGUUUAUAUACGAAUCAUACAAAAUUUUAAAUUGUCGUUACGAGAGUUCUACAUAAAGAAAAUUAAUGUUCUAAUAAGCAGAAAAAUAAUAUCACUGAAAAAACUUCUUCGAAAUACGAAUAAAUGCGCGUAGUCGGCAAGCAAGCGGCACUGUCAUAAGAAAUUUUCCAUUUGUAAUCGACCGAGAUCCACAAUUGAUAUGAAGCUAGGACAAAGCUGGAAUUUUCGCACUUUGUAUCUUGCAGCAUGCAAAAUAGAUAAAAUUACAUUAAUCUGUGGAUAUAGACACUCUGAUACAUCGUGUUUUCAUGUCUACUUAGAAUUUAAGCAAUGCUCCUCAAACAUGUUCACUACGUAAUGUGGCAAGCACAUCCUCGGACGUACGAUGAAUGCGUGUCGACGAAUUUCAUCUAACGAGAAAAUAUUCAAUUUUGGAUUAACAAAUGUUAAUUCACUUGUAGCUUGAGCAUAAUGAAUAAAAUUAGAAUUAUAACGACGAUAAAACUUGUUUUUAAAAAAGUGAAUUUAUAAUUAAACUUGAUACAGAAAGGAUUCAAUCGUUCGAUCUAAUUUUUUUCAAAAGCAGAAUGAUCUGAUUCUCCAAUUUCUUUCUUUUCUAAAGAACUUAGAGAUGAAUGAAAAUCCCUUUAAAGUUCAAUCCGAAUUGAUUAAUUUCCUCGUAAGAUUAUAAACGAUUGCAAACGUUCCGAAACUUCUCUUACGUGUAACAGAUUUCGGAUAAAAGAUGCGGCAUUAUAAAUACAUGUGUCUCCAUGCAGCUUACAUGGAGAACUCUUAACAUCUUUGAUAUUAACUCACGCGACUGUGGUGUCUGAAAUGUAGUCAAAGAAGGACUCAUUCUCUUGAUAGAUAUUAUAUAUACGUAUAUAAUAGCAUUUCAUGACAGUCGAUAUGUAGUACUGAGACAUUUCACGCACAGCAAAAACCUAAUUUGUUUGUUUUCAUCCCGUGCCGUCGAAUACAUUUCCUAUUGUCCAGAUAGUCAAAUCUGAAAAAAAAAUUUGUAAAGUGUCUGCUACCAAUUCUCUUGAUAAAAUGCCAGCAGAAAUAUAACGAAAUUUGCUAAUAGAAUAUGACGGAAAAUUAACUGCAGAAGCAGCAGAAUUUUGUAAUCAUUUAAAUAUAUAUAUUCGAUAAUAUUCGAAUUGUUAUAAAAUAUAUAACAGAUUUUGUUUAAUUUUUGCUGGCUGUAUGUGCUAUUAAAUUAUGUCGGUUAGACUCUAUUGGCAGAUCACGAGUUUCAUAUGAAUACAAUUGAUGCCAAUCUGCCACAGUACUUCGCUCGAAUCUGUCGACAAACUAACAUCAGGAGACACGGUAGUAUCUCUAAGAGUACGUGCGCAAAUUUUGCUUACUGAACAGACUUUGCAAAGUAUCCGUUAUCAAUUUUGUUAACAGAAUGUCAGCAAUAAUGGAAUCUUCUUCUUAUGUUAGGCCUCUGACUUGUGUUACUCCUCUCUCAUAUGCUUGUGGUGCGCACGCUGAUUAUUCAAUUGCUCUAAGCAUAUAGGAAUUUUAAUAUUUUUUUUUUCGAACGGCGGAUUUUUCCAAAGGUAUUUCUGUGAGCAAGAAUAUUCUCUGGAGGUUGAUGGAGCUCCGAAAGGAGAUACAUUCCGAGAGGAGCGUAAAUAUUUUGAUUCCUACCAGGAUCGAACUCGGGAUCUCCGGAUAGACCAGUGCGCUGUUUGCCAUGCCACACUCAAUAAUGGAAUCUGAUAACAGAUUAACCGCAAAAAUAGAGUAGAAUCUUUCAUAAUCAUUUAAUUAAUAUUCCAUUUUAAUCGCUAUGAAAUUUUACCUUCUCUGCUAAAAAUCUGCUAUCAGAUAACAAAAGCUCUACUGGGCAGAUCACGAGCUUAAUACAACUGAUAUCAAUCUGCCGCAGAAUCUGCUGGCAAGCUGUUAGCAUGCCGCUAACAUUUUGCUUACUGAGUGAACACCCAUUGUACAGUCGAAUGUAUGCAUGUACACACAUUUUUAUAAUUAUAUAUAUUAGAAUCUGUAUUGCUUCUUUACAUUCUGUGAGUGCUUGGGAGCGCGUCUACAAUUCGGUAUAAGUUCCACGUAAUAUUCUUCUUAUCGGUCAAGUGUGUACUGGCAUCAUAUUGUAUUCCUUAAUUAUUGUCUUAAUUAUUAUCUUUUAACCUUAUUCAAGCUCCUUUUGCAAGUGCGAACAUUUUUUUUUUAAUGUUGCCCUUCCAUCGAAGUGGUCUAUCGAUUUCGUGUACCUUGACGUUUCUCGAGGGACAAGAUUCUCUGGGGGAGUGUUCUCCGAUGUGGAUGUCGAUAUCGGAAUUGAACGGAAAACGAUUCUGAACUCGCUUGAUUCUAGUCGCAAAGACGCUUUGUGCGUUCGAUCUUGAGGCCGAUUAUAUCUUUUCUUUUGUCUUUCUUCGAUCGCGGCUUCACACGAAUAUAAAUGCCCCGUCACCGAUUAUCCAUUUUCGCUUGCUGACUGUUGUAGUAUCUUAUAGUUUUAUUUUGUUAACGACACACCAUAUGAUAUAUCGAAAAAUAAAUGCAUAAAUGUAUAAGUUGAACUUUAGGCUCUCUAUCGACUAUACCGCAAGACAAGAUAUGGUAUAUACGACGAGGAAGAUAUAUAAGAAAGGGAAGGAAGAAAAGGGAGAAAAAAGAAACGCGUAUAUUAUGAGAGGAAUUUACAUCACAUUUAAGUCGUUGGAGAGAUUAAUAAUCAUUGUUAUUAUUAGUAGAUGAAAUAUAGAAGAACAAAGAACGGACACGGUGAGAAUGAGAGCGUGUAUGAGAUGCUGAAAGACAGGGAAAGAGUGGAA